AUGGAACCAGGAGUAAAAGAAAAGGAAUACACAACAAAAAUUGGAUCAGCCUAUGAAUCUAAUGUUGCAUUAGAAGCAUCUGAUGUAAAAUUAGUAAAAGACAAAGUUUCAACAGGGACAGCUGUUGAUGCUUAUGAAGAAAUUACAAAGAGUGAAGUCACAUCGUUAGAUGAUUGGGAGGACGUUCAUAGAUCAUGCUUGUCGGAAAUCCCACCAAUUGAUCCAGAAAUCUUGAAUGAUUUAGAGAUAAGAGCUAGUGACGUAGCAGGGAACUUGGAUCACAUGCUCAAAGCUUUAGCCAACAGUUUGAAAGCCAUGUCCCAAGUGAGCACAGAUUGCCUUAGUGCUUAUGAUACUUGUGUUGAUCAUGUGAGCGAGGCAGUGGAUGUGAACAUUAAAUCUAUGUACACUCUGAUUGCAAGAUGUGAAGAACUGAAUGCAAGCCUCAAACCAGUUCAAAACUUGGCUGAACAAGUAAAGGAAAUUAAGAGAACGUUAGAUGUUUUUGAAGCAGUUUGCAAGUGACUGUGGACUAAGAUCUUCUUUUACAUUCAAGGCUUCUGUGGUCUCAGUACAGAUCUUUCUGUCAGUGUUAAAUUUGUAUUGGGGUGUCCAUGUUAAUUAGUUAAGGUUUGUCUACUUUCAAGAGCAAAAAUAAUAUCCCUGCUUCUUCACUCAGUGGCUGUCAUGAACAAUAACCCUUUGGCCCGAUUAAGAGUGACUAGUUACUAAUUUCUCCUAAUAUUAUCACUGAAUCAUUCAUUAAGGUCACAAAAUAAAAGAAAUGUUCACUGUUCGGGUAAAAGAGUUAAUAAUGUAUUUUGAAAUGUAUGGAAACAUUAUGCAGAAUAUACAUACUGAUUUUAGGGUGUAAAAAGUUAUAGCCUGAUAUAUAGCCUGAAAUAAAAUUUAGUCAUGGAAAGUCUCAAUAUAGAUAGCUCCUCUUUUUUACCAUUUCAAUUAACAGUGAAAACAGAUCAGCCAGAGAAUUUCAUAAAAUUAAUUUAUUGUAAACCAUGUAUCACUGUCACUAAUGCUGUACCAAUACAACGUAUGUCCCACAAGCAUGCAUGGUGAUGAAUUCAGUGAGCAGUUUUCAUUGCUUAACCCUUAAACUCCAUGGAGUGACCAAGAGAGAAUUUCUACAUGCAAUAUGAAUACAAAUGUUCACCAACUGAAGGGGUUCUUGAUUGCUAAACAAAUUCUCAUUGUCAGCAUGUUAGCAUGGGGAAGCAUGUACAAAUUUUACAAACUGUAAAGAAAGCACAAACAAAACGGAACCACACCAUAAGGCUUUUUCUUUUAUUGUGUGUAUUAUUAUUAGUGUUGUAUAAUAGGUUGUGGUUUUUCAGUGUGGUAAAUAGCACUUUGUUUCUCUCUACACAAAAAAACCCAAAGACACUGACCACCACCACUGAACCCCCACCAAGUUCAGAUCCACCCCAGUUCUGCUCUACGUCAAAUUAUUGGUUGGAUGCAGACAACAGAGGAAAACUGAUCUGAAAGAUGUACCUAUCACAGCCCUGGAAUUCCAUCCAAUCACAGCAGAGCACAACAGGAUAAAGGUGACUUGUGCUCAACUGACUCCAUCACAUGAAGAAGACCAGCAGUAUGCAAUAAAAACCUCGCAACCCACAUCUGAAGUGACUACAUCAUGA